GUCUUUGCAAUGUUGCCUUACACCAAGUUUCCAUGUCCGAAUCUAUGUCAACUUGGACUUGUGUGUGGGUUGGUGUUACAGAUUCCUCCCACAUUCCAAAAAACAUGUUUGUUAGGAUCAUUAUUGACUAAUUGCCUGUACGUUGGAAGGUGAGUGUGAAUGGUUGUCUGACUAGUAUUAGCCGGGUGAUCCAGCGAGGUAUCCUGCGUACUGCGUUUCACAUUCUUCAUGACACCGACAAGGCUAAAGAAAUGCAUGGACAAUAAAACAGGAGCUUGAGAAAAGGUUUUGAAAUCUUUGGCCUUUCACUGACACCUAGUCGGGCCCAAGAAGUACAACAGGCAGAGUUGGUUUCGUUUGACCUCAUCUGAUUCCAUUCAUUAAAGAAUGCCUCUUGAGGAGUGUUUUACCUGGGGAAAAUGCAGUUCUGGUAAUUUCUAUUCAAGGCGUGAUUGACAUUAAAGGGGAACCUGGUGUACCUUGUCCAUACUUCCUCCUUGUCAAGUUCUGUCUCGUUGAAAGAUGUCAACCAGCAGCACAAUCAGUUCAGGGAAAGGAAGCCAUGCCUCCAAAGUGCCAAAAGAUCACAAAAAGCCCACACCAGCUGCCCUGAAAGGAGCCAUCCAGCUGGCCAUUGGUUAUGCUGUAGGAAACCUUAGCUCCAAACCUGACAGAGAUGUUCUCAUGCAAGAUUUCUCCGUAGUUGAGAGUGUCUUCUUGCCAAGUGAGGGCAGCAACAUGACUCCUGCUCAUCACUUUCCUGACUUCCGUCUUAAAACAUAUGCACCGCUGGCAUUCCGCUACUUUCGGGAACUCUUUGGCAUCAAACCAGAUGACUAUCUGUACUCCAUCUGUAACGAGCCUCUUAUUGAGCUGUCCAACCCUGGUGCCAGCAGUUCAUGGUUCUAUCUUACCAGUGAUGAUGAGUUCAUAAUCAAGACUGUGCAACCAAAGGAGGCGGAGUUUCUGCAGAAACUGCUACCUGGCUACUACAUGAACCUGAACCAAAACCCGAGAACUUUGCUUCCCAAGUUCUAUGGCCUUUACUGCAUCCAGUGUGGUGGCGUAACAGUCCGUGUGGUGGUGAUGAAUAAUGUGCUGCCUCGUGCCAUGAAGAUGCACUACAAGUAUGACCUGAAGGGCUCCUCAUACAAACGUCGUGCUUCACGCAAAGAACGCUUAAAGUCUUCACCUACAUUCAAAGACUUGGAUUUCCAAGAGAUGCAUGAAGGUUUGUGCUUCGAUGCGGAGACCCACAACGCCCUGAUGAAAACCCUGCAGAGAGACUGCCGGGUUCUAGAAAGCUUCAAAAUCAUGGACUACAGCCUCUUGCUUGGAAUUCAUGUUUUAAACCCCAAGGUGUCGAGCAGAGAGAGCAGACGUGACAGCAGGAAGCAGAGAGUUCUCUACUCCACUGCUCUUGAAUCCAUCCAGGGUACUGUGAAAGAUCCAGAACCAGUGGCAGACGAUGACACAUUCGGUGGAAUUCCGGCUAAACAUAGAGAUGAACACCUGCUCAUCUUUUUAGGAAUUAUUGACAUCCUUCAGUCCUACAGGUUCAUUAAGAAGGUGGAACAUUCCUGGAAAUCUCUUUUACAUGAUGGGGACACCGUGUCAGUUCACAGGCCCAAUUUCUAUGCAAACCGAUUCCUGAAAUUCAUGAGCUCAGUCGUGUUCAAACGCAUCCAUCCUUUGAGACGAAUAUCUUCCAAAAGGAAGAAGAAUUCUUUUUAUGCAGUGAAGUCAGCCUCACAGGAGUUGCUUUCUUCUCAAAAGGAGGAAUUGGAGACGAAGAAAGCACAAAGCAUGGAGGACCUAGAUGGUUGGCUCUCUCCAUCAGUUUGCAGUUCAUCCAAUCAACCAGAUGUUCAACAAAAAUCUGCUGUUACGUUCAAGUCUGCUGAAGAAGAGCACCUUAAUAACAGUGAGCACAGACGUGCCUCCAGUUCAACACUUGCAUUGGAUGAUCCUCUGCCGCCCCUCAGCAGAAGCCAGUCAGACUCUGAACUGGAUGCCUACUUGGGUUCAGGUAAUGACCAAUUACAGCUCAGCUUGCAAACAUCACAUGAGCCCCCCUAUUUCUGCACCGGAAAGACAAAUAACGAUGAGGCAGAAAUUGACAAAGAGCCAAAUGAUGAUGUUGAGAAAGCUGAACAGAAGCAAGUUGAGCGCACCACUGAGGGAGAACCAAAGGACUUGGGAGUCACUGAGCAGGAAAAAGAGACAGUUGAAGAUCCUCAGAGUAAAAUGCAAGCAAAUUGUGAGACACACACAGAGAACAUACAGUGAGGAGAAAAAGACGGUGGUUGCUCGCCAGGAAAAGCGGAUGGAAGGUAGAAGAGGAUGACCUUGUGCAAUGUCAAUACAUUGAGACCUCACAAUAGUAGAUGUAUGGAUGAUGUGAACUGCCGGUAUUUACAGUACAUGCUCAAUAUCUUUCAUUUCCUUUAAGUCCAAUGAGAAGUGGCAUUCUAUAUGACUUUCACACCAAAUCACGCUAGCAAAUACGGUAGAGCUUGGUUUUGUUACAAUACAUCACACAUGCUGCUAAUUGUACAAUUGUUUUUAUUUUGUAUGUAAUUGUUCAAAUUCUCUCAGUGGCUGGAUCCCUGGGCAAAUAUUUUCACAAGUCAUUCACAUGCGCACCUAAUUUAUUUUCCAACAUGCUUGCUAUUACAUUGUAUCUAAACUGAAAUGUUGACAUAUUGAAAUCAUAUUGAUAUCUCUUGCUUUCAUUUCAUCCUUUUUUUUUUCAUGUGCCUAAAAAUGUUUAAAAAUCAAAGUGAUUUGAACUUGUAAUAGAAGUAGUUGUGGCUGUAAAAUAUGUACAAUUUUAGGAUCAUUCCUUCGGAGCUCUGUGGAGACAGAUAUGAAAGAAAAUAUUGCAUCAAUUCCAUGGCCACUACACUGUUAAAAAAGAAAGUUAACAUAGACAUCAAAUAAAAUUUGUGAAAUAUGA